AUGGAAGCUGAUGGUAUAGCUGAGGGGUUCGUAAAAAGUUUCGAAUUACAUGGUUUGAAGUUUAAUAGAUUGAUUGGUGAUGGAGACAGUAGUGUUUCGAAACGAUUGUUGGAGUUACUUCCCUAUGGUUCUAAUCAAUUGGUUAAAAAAAUUGAAUGUCGAAACCACAUUUUAAGGAAUUACAGUACAAAAUUAUCAGCGCUGACAAAAUGUACAAAAUUCCCGAUUUAUCUGAGACAAAUCAUAACAAAAAAUAUAACUAAAUUUAGCAUGGCUAUUCGUAAAGCUAUACAAUAUAGCAAGGAGUUGGAUGCAAGUGAUGCAUAUAAAAUAAAAGGACUACAAAAGGACAUUUUAAACAGUCCUUAUCAUAUUUUCGGCCAGCAUAAGAAUUGUGACGCUUAUUUUUGUAAAACACACAAAAACAUCGAAAAUCAUGUAUCAGUUACAGAGAAAUGCGGUCUUAUGCUGGAGAUUUUAUCGAUAUUAAGAAUUACACGAGUGGUAGACAAUGCUGUUAGUUUGAUUCUCGAUGUUACUAAUAAUGUGUGCGAACAAUUUAACAGUAUCAUUAACAAAUUUAUCGCAGGAAAGCGAAUCAAUUUUUCAUUAAAACAAUCAUACAACACACGAGUUCAAGCUGCAAUUAUUUCAUAUAAUACCAACGGAAAUUUUCUAAACGCUUUUCAUAAAAACAUUAUGGAAAAAAGUCCAGGUAUGAUAGGAAAACGAUUCUUAAACUCAAAAAAAAUGAAAACAUUAGAAAAAGAAGACUUAAUUUUAAUAGAACAUCGUUUAAAAAAUAUAAACACACUGGUCCCGACGAAUUUUAUGGUCUAG